CGUUUUGACUUUUGACACUAUUUUGACGAGUAUUUGUGAGUUAUAAGUAAGGAAAACAUAUUAUAUGGGAUCUUGUUAGAACUCUCAAAAUAUGUACUUUACAUAUAUUAACUUUUUAACUAUUACUUAUUAAUAGGAGUAAUAUUUACGUUUAAAUUAAUGUAUUGAUAAGCUUUAUAAAAAUACGUAUCAUCUAAUUUAAAACGGAGUAAGUAUUUCGUAUUAAUGAUAUUUGAACUUAUUAUUAGCUGAGUAUAAAUAAUUAUUAUUCCUCUCAAAAAAAAAAAAAAAAAAAAAAACUGAGUAUAUUUAUUAAAGUUAUUGUAGUCAUGAGUAUUAUUUAUAUGGAUUUGCCGUCUCCUAUACGUCCACGUCCCCUCAAUUUGUAGGAUAGAUGAAUAAUCUUAUACUUUGAUCCGCUCAAUAUCUUGAUUUUUGGUCCCCUCAAUUAUCAAACUUUUUAUUUUUUAUUUAUUUUUCUGAAAAUGAUAAAACUGAGAUUUUUUCCCGUCAAAAAAAUGAACCCCCCUCUUUCUCACUUUCAACAUCUGUUUUCUUUCCAUAAAUAGUAAAAUCCAUUAUUUUGCUGUUUCUAGUAAAAUAAGAGGCCUUCUCCACCUCUUUUUUCCCGAAGUAGUAAUAUAUUCCUGAAAGGCGACAAGCGUGCAUAAAUGAGUAAGCUAGCAUCAAGGGUUAUAGCUUACUAUGUUGAAGUGGUAGUAAUAUUGAUGAGUUUGGUAUCAUUGGCAUUAUCCAAUUAUCCUCAUCAUGCCACAACAAAAACAUCGGAAUUAUAUUCUACAAUUGUUGAUUUUCUGCCUGGAUUUCCCGGAAAACUCCCUUUCACUCUUGAAACUGGGUACAUUGAAGUUUGGGAAGAAGUGCAGCUAUUUUACUACUUCAUACAAUCUGAGCAAAACCCAGAAAUAGAUCCAAUUUUGAUUUGGUUUGCUGGAGGUCCUGGUUGUUCUUCCUUUACUGAUCUUGCUUUUGGGCAUAUUGGGCCUUUAUCCUUCAACUUUACGGGAAUUAAUUUCAACUAUGCAACAUCAAGUUGGGAGGUUGAUCUACCAAGACUUCAAUUAAAUCCUUAUUCUUGGACCAAGGUUGCAAACGUAAUAUUUAUAGAUUCACCUGCUGGCGCUGGAUUCUCCUAUGCAACUAACAAAUCUUAUUACCCUAGUGAUACAAAGACAUCAAAACAAGCACAUGGGUUUUUGAAGAAGUGGCUUAUUGAGCAUCCUAAAUUUGCAAGAAACCCUCUUUACAUUGCUGGUGCUUCAUAUGGGGGAAAAGUUGUUCCAUCUCUUACAUGGGAGAUUGUAAAAGGAAAUGAAGCUGGAAUUGGGCCACAAAUGAAUCUUCAGGGAUAUAUUCUUGUAAAUCCAAUAACUGCUUGGUACCUUGAUGACCAAAAGAAAGUUGAAUAUGCUCAUCGCAUCUCUCUUAUAUCCGAUGAACUAUACAAGUCUGCCAAAUUAAGCUGCAAUGAAGAUUAUCGGACAAAUGAGGCUAAUAAGAGUAAUGCACAAUGCAACAAGAUUCUUGAAGAUGUAUCAAAUUGCAUUGAUCCACUAGAAGACCAACAUGUACUGGAUCCUAAAUGCACCCAUUCUUCUUCGCCAAAUCAUUGGUGUCGGGGAAAUGAUCGUAUGAUUGCUAGCCAGUGGGCAAAUAACAUUAAUGUCCAAGAAGCUCUUCAUGUUCGAGAGGGAACUAUUAGCCAGUGGAUUCGUUGUCGCGGUCACGCAAAAUCUGAUGUGUUUAUGUACAAUAAAGAUAUCGACAGUAGCAUCAUUUAUCAUCAGAAUCUUACCACCCAACCUCUCAGGGCACUAAUCUUCAGUGGUGACCAAGAUAUGAGUGUUCCAUAUGUGACUACACUAAAAUGGAUCAAGGAGCUUAAUAUCGCCCCAAAUGAUGAUUAUUGGAAGCCUUGGUAUCUUAAUAAUGGCCAAGUUUCAGGAUAUGUAACUGAAUAUUCCAAUGGCUACUUCAAUUUGACAUUUACUACAAUCAAGGGAGCAGGGCAUGUUGCCUCCGAGUAUAAGCCGCGGGAAUGUUUUACAAUGUUUCAAAGAUGGAUCACAUUUAGUCCUCUAUCAUAAUUUCAUAAAUAUGAUCAUAUUGAUCAACAUCGCCUUACUAAAGGUAAUUCCUCUUUACUUACUCGAAUAAGUAAGGAAAGAAGUAACUAUGAAAGAACUCACAAGACUGAAGUACCAAAGGUGCGCUCCGCCCAUUGACUAAGAAAUUGGUUUGCGCUUGAAUUGAAGUGAUGAGGUCGCAAAGAGGAAAGUAGGGCUACUAUUGACUUAUUUGUAAAAAAUUUGUACUUGGACUUUAUGAAAUAUAUGGGCUUACAUUAGACAAACUUUUAGCAAAAUGUUGAACAAUUUUUUAUUAUAUUUUAAAGGAAUUAAUUGAAUAACUUAAACAUGCACAAUUUCACUGACCGAGUAAUUUUUAUAACACUAACCGAAAAAACCCUGAAAUACUAGUGAAGUAAUCCCUAUAAUACUGAUCGAUUAAUCCCCGUAACACUAAUGAGAAACCCCUAUGAUAGCUGGCCACACGAUAUGGCUAGCCGCAUAUAAGAAUUUGUGUUCAAGUCAAAUCUAACUAUAUCAAUAUGGCUUUGAAAGUUAUAAUAGUGAGUUGUAAUAAUCAACAUUUUUGUAAAGGUUGAUCAUUAAAGUAAAACCAUAAAGAUUACAAAGGAACAGAGUACUACGAGUACAAGUCUACAAGACUAUUUGUAAUUGUCAAAGUUAACAGACUUAAAGUGAAUGAAGCUAGAAAGGGCCGGUAAAUCUUUUGCUCCUUGAUGUAAAAAAAAAAAAAAAAAAAAAAAAAAAAAA